AGAAUUCAUGCCACUAAUAAUUCAUGCCAAAUUUAAGGAAAUUUCCAGAUAUUUUGCCUUUAACUUAUAAGCUACAUCAUAAAUUUAUUUCGGUAAUUCUCUGUCUAGAAUUUGUACUUCCUCUCUCAGAUUACCAGUCAUGGGUGACCCCAAAAUCUUCUUGAAACUAAGCUGGAUUUUCUUUAUGAUUUACUCAGUGAAAUCUAGCCCACCUGAAGAUCCCAUAAAAUGUUCAUCCAAAACCAACCUUAACUGCACCAUUACAAACUCUUAUGGUGCCUUCCCGGAUCGGACCAUUUGCAAGGCAGCUCAAGCUGUUUUUCCAACCACAGAAGAAGAGAUCAUUUCUAUAGUGGCAAACGCAACAAAGGAAAAAAGAAAAAUGAAAGUGGCGACUCGGUUUUCACACAGCAUACCAAAGUUGGUUUGUCCAGAUGGUGAAGAUGGAUUGCUUAUAAGUACAAAGUUUCUAAGCAAGAUCCUAAGAGUAGAUCAAGAAAACAUGACCAUGACGGUUGAAAGUGGGGUGACUUUGAAACAGUUGAUCCGUGAGGCGGCCAAGGCAGGACUGGUCCUGCCUUAUACGCCUUACUGGUGGGGUUUAACCAUUGGUGGCCUACUUGGGACAGGUGCUCACGGAAGUACUCUUUGGGGUUUGGGAAGUUCGGUACAUGAUUAUAUUGUGCAACUUCGAAUUAUCACACCAGAUGAAGCGGCAAAUAAUUAUGCUAAAGUACGUACACUGACAAAUGGUAACCCUGAGCUGGAUGCAGCUAGAGUGUCCCUAGGUGUUCUUGGAGUUAUUUCACAGGUGACACUGAAACUGCAACCAGUGUUCAAACGUUCAAUUACCCUUUCAGAAAGGAAUGACUCAGAUUUGGGGGAUGAUGCAGCUAAGUUUGGGAGACAACAUGAAUUUGCAGAUUUUACAUGGUAUCCUAGUCAGCGCAAGGUUGUUUAUAGGAUUGAUGAUCGAGUUCCUGCCAACAUUCCUGGCAAUGGCCUUAAUGAUUUUCUAGGAUUUCGCUCUACAUCUUCACUCGUCCUCGCCAUUUUAAGAACUUCAGAGGAGACUCAAGAAUCUACAAACGAUGCUUUUGGAAAAUGUUCAAGUGCCAAAAUCGCCACUUCCACAUUGAAGAUUGGUGCUUAUGGGUUCACAAACAAUGGUUUUGCCUUUACUGGCUACCCAAUGGUUGGAUUUCACAAUCGAUUCCAAGCAUCAGGAACAUGCCUAGACAGCCUUGAAGAUGCAAGAAUCACAACAUGUCCUUGGGAUUCUAGAGUUAAAGGUCUCUUCUUUCACCAAACAACAUUCAGUAUUAGCUUAUCGAAAGUCAAAGACUUCAUUGAAGAUGUCCAAAGGCUAGUUGCUUUGGAGCCUAGGGCACUAUGUGUCCUAGACUUAUACAAUGGCAUCCUCAUGAGGUACCUUACAACUUCAAAUGCUUACUUGGGUGAACAAGAAGAUGCUUUGGAUUUUGACAUCACAUAUUACCGAAGCAAGGACCCAAUGUCUCCUAGGCUCUUUGAAGAUUUCCUUGAAGAGAUAGAGCAACUUGCAUUCUUCAAAUAUGAGGCCUUGCCACAUUGGGGAAAGAAUAGGAAUGUGGCAUUUAUUGGAGCAAUCAGCAAGUACAAAAAUGCUGACAAAUUCUUGAAAGUGAAACAAAGCUAUGACCAAUUAGGGUUAUUUUCAAGUGAGUGGACAGAUCAAGUUCUAGGCUUAAAAGAUGGGCUGACCAUAGUCAAAGAGGGGUGUGCUCUAGAAGGACUAUGCAUUUGCUCUGAAGAUAUUCAUUGUGCCCCAAAGAAGGGUUACUUCUGUCGACCAGGCAGAACUUACAAAGAAGCGAGGGUGUGUACUCGUUUGUCGUCACGAUAGAGUCCUUAUACCAAUAAAUUAAAUCUUAAUUAUGAUGUAAAAGACAACAAGAAAUGCAGUGGUGUACGCAGGAUUUUGCGCAAGCAGUGUGAAUAUUUAAAGAACGAAAUAAAUAAGCACAACAAUGUAAGAAGGACGCCUUAAUAUAA